AUGCAGCGCGCCGCCGUCUCAACCCUAGCCAUAGCCGGCCUCGGCACCGCGUACCUAACCUACGAGUCGCGCCGCCUCGCGCGCCUCUACCCCGUCCAAGGCGCGAAGAGCUACCACAGCACCGACGCGGUGCUCGCGGCUACGGACCUGCCAGAACGCAUAAGGCGCAAGUUCGACCCCGCCUUAAACCACUACGUGUACGCGACCAUCCCCCUCCCGCCAGCGGCAAAACGCAUCGCGGCCAACCCGCUCGACAGCUUCGUGCGCGCAUUCUACGAGACGUGGACGCUGCGCGUCGAGGCGUGGGCCGUGUCCAAGAGCGCGUAUUACCUCGACCAUGUGGCCAAGCUGCGCAAGACGGCGCCAGAACGUCUCGACGCGGUGUCCGCUUUCGGCAACAGUGAGGUCGGCCCCCACGCAGACUCGCACCCCGCGGCGAUCGCCGCUGGCCUCUUUCCAGUCCUCCAGCGCGCGCCGAGCACAGUGGUAUACUUCCUCAUCCCGCCCCUCCGGCCACAACAAGCAAUCGACGGCGGGUCGCAGGAGCUUGCUGCGGUGCCCGUGGGCAACUCGCUGGAACUGUCGUAUGGCUGCGCGGUGGCCAAGGACCCCGAGGCGCCGUUUGCGCGACUGGCUUAUGAGGGGCAUUUGUUCUACAUGCGCUUUUUGAUCGAUCGCGGGGCGAGGCGGUUGGAGCGGUGGAUCGCUGAGGAUGCGAGGGCUUGA